ACUGAAACGAAGCUUAUACAAAAUUUCAAAUUCUGUGAUUUUCUCAUUCUGUGAUGAGUCGGCAACGCGAACGAAAGUAAAGCCAUUUAUUAAACAUAUUUAUACAAUAUUCUAUAGUGUAAAAAUUGCUACAAAAAAAAAUUUCCUUUGGAUUAAUUUUUACAUAAAAAAAUACCAUCAACCACAACAGUUCAAUAGCAAAAAAAAAUAAUUAAAAGAAAAUUAAAAAUUUUACAAUAGUCUACAAUAUUUAUACACAACUGGCAAAAAAAAAAUAAGUUAUUUUAACAAAAAAUUUGUAAUUAUAAAAAUAUAAUUGUGUGAUUUUUAUUUGUGAUUUUACUCUAAACCACGACUACAAGCAUACCGAAAAGCAAAAAAUUAUCAGUUUUAAUUCGAAAAUAAGGCAAAAAAGUGGCAUCGAGACAAGCGAAGAGAAAAUUUCUGGCUGGAGCUCAUUGUAUAGAAGAAAGUCAACCAUUUUGAAAUUUUAUGUUAUAUACCAUCAACUACAUGUAUAUUCGCUAUAUACAUAUGUUUGUGUGAGAAGUAUAUAAGUGUACGUGACGUCGACGACGACCCCUCAGUAAAAUAUAAAAUAAAAAAAAAGAAACAUCCAACAACAAAACAACUCAGCAAAACACUAUUGCUGAUACUAUGAAUUAAAAAAAAAAAUAAAAUAAAAAGUCGAAUAUAAAAAUAUUUGUGAUAGGAAACAAAAAGUGUAUUACAAAACAGUACAAAGCAAGUAAAAAGAAGGCUAAGAAAAAAAAAACGAAACAAAACACCCGGAAUUACAAAAAAAAAUUUUACAUCCUUAUAUAAAGCAAGUCAAGGGGAGUAACAACCUCUUAAUGAAAAAACAGUUGAAAAGGACUUCAAAAACCUCUGGACUCGUACAUAAUAAUAAACUGUCGAAGAUCGUUGGAAUAUGAAGAUUGAGGUGAAUAGUGCCGCCGAGUUCCUGAUGAACUUGCUGCGGGUACGGCAAAAGAUCGCCGUCACCGAUAGUCAAUUAGAGAGUUUCCGCGGGCAACUUGCCGACCAAUUGACGCAACGCUACCAGCGUCAUUGGUAUCCGGAAAUGCCGCACAAAGGGUCCGGUUAUCGUUGCAUCCGUAUCAACGGCAAAAUGGAUCCGCUCGUCGAGCAAGCUGGCGUCGCUGCGGGCCUACCAACGCGAACACUGAAGAAACUCCUGCCGCCAGAACUGACAAUGUGGAUCGAUCCCGAUGAGGUCUGCUAUCGCAUCGGCGAAAAUGGAUCAAUUUGUGUGCUGUAUGACACGAGUCGCGCCAGUCCAACAUCCGACGUUGAUUCCACGGGCAGCAACGGAAGUGACGAGUACGUCAUGGAGCGCGUUAGCCGCCGAAUCAACAUAUCGAAUGAUCUCAAGGAUUUAAUGAUGAAUUUGUAUGAGGCUGACACAACGUUUGUGACAAGACCAAAAUCCCAUCGUAACCGUAAUCGUCGUUUUCAGCAGCAGCAGCAGCAACAACAACAGCAGCAGCAAAGCCACAACAAAAAUUUCCAUCAUAAUCUUAACAAUAGUGUUAGUUCAACGACAUCGUCAACUAUUAGCCCACCAUUGAGUCCUAAUCAUCAUCAACAAAGCGUUUUCUAUCAGCAACAACAACAAAUGCACUUUAUGCAGCAGCAGCAACAAUUUGGCUCGUCGCCCCAAAAACAAUUCAACUACAACUUCAACAACUAUCACCAUGGUAAUAAUUCCGUACAAAAGAAUUUACGUGCGCCAUGUUAAACGCAUGCAACAUAUAACCAAGGAUAAGUGCAGACCCUUUUUUAAAUUAAUUAAUUUUUUUUU